AUGGGCGUGGAAAAAAUGUUCGUUGCCGUGUUCUGGGUGUGUGUGGCGGGUCUAAACCCGAGUGCUUCCGAACGUUUGAACGCGGCGUCGCGGGAGCGAGUGAAGUUCCCAGUGCGGGAGGUGGCCAGUUGGCGCGAAGAUGCGACACGUGUAUUGCCGCGCUUGGCGCCCGCCGGGAAUCGAACCGGCGCCCUAGGUGCGUGGUGGCGCGCGCACCGUGGCGCCUUGUUCGCACGGCGCCGCUCGCGCAGUGUGUGCGACUCGAUCGCCGGCCGCUCCUGCGCAGCCGUCGACGACUCGCGCAUCGAAGACUUUCUUUGGGACGCCGCCGGCCUCCGCGGACCCAACCUCUACACCCAUCGCUUCACGCGCCUCCUAGACGCGCAAUUGGGGGCCCACCCGCUGGGUUCCGAGCCGCGAGGUGCUUUAUCGGGGGUCCCGUUGGAGGUGCUGAGUCGUUGGCUGAUGGCUGCGGAGCUCCCGCAGCUGUUGGCGGUGCCGGCGCGGACGUGGGCGCUGGGAAUGGAACCGUCGCGCGCACGCACAAGCGGUUUGGCGCGGGCGCUCGCACCGGCGAAGCGGCGUAGACGCUACGCGGUUCCGCGGACGAGUGCUGAGGCGCGUGGGUUGCGCGGGGAGGCGCCGCAGGACGCGGCCUACGACUACUGGCUGCGACAGUUCUGUGCGCCGGGCGCGCUUUGUCCGGCCUGCGUGCGCAGCCCUGCCGCCGGGAAUCGAACCGGCGACCUAGAGGUUGGGGGAGUGUGCCACCGCGUGAACGAUCCGGAAGCGCUAGACAGGCUACUGGACUCAGAGUCGUAUGCACUCGCACCAGACAAGGACCCGCACCCGGGCGUCUUCGGCGGCUCCACCGUCGGACGCCUCCUCGGCCCGCUCCCCGCAAGCCUAUCCGGCACCCUCAGCCUCGCGCUCGAAACAGCCGCGGCGCCUGCCGCCGACGGACGCAAACCCGUCACUGCCGUCGCUCUCAAAGUCGGUGCUGAAAGCCAGGCUCUCGCGCCCCUCCCCUUCCGCCACUUCGCAUCGCGGCCUCGUCCCCCCACGGGGACUGCACGAGUCGGCACCGCAAGGACCGAAACGGCAAAGUCCGGGGCCGCACGGACGGUCGCUGCCGGGGGCACCGAGACACGUCCUUUCCGGGGCCUCGGUCGGCUCCUCAUCCGGUGGUUGCCGGAGGUGGAGUGGCUGUCGGAAGGUAAGUGGUUGCCGUCGCGGUUCCGGACGAGACGCGUUCCGUCGGAACGGACGGCCCAGCGAGCCCUGGAAGGCGCGCGCUGCGACGAUGAGACGGUGCUGUCCAUGCUGAACCGCGAUAAACGAACCUGGCCGCCGGUGGUGGCCGCCCUGAGAAUUGAACCCGUGCUCGUGGAUCGCUGGAUCCACGGUAAGGAUUUCGGCACCACGCGACCGCGGCAUGGCGACCUCCGCCGCGGACCCUUCUCCUUUAAGACCUGGCUUCGCGCACUCACUCGCCAGGCCCUCGGCCGACCCUGGCUCCGCCCUCCGCCCUGGCUGAACGUCCGCCAGUGGCUACACAGCGUCACGGGCCGACCGGCCAAGGCCUACGGGGACAAGAUCCAGGGGGAUAAGAUCUACGGAGACAAGAAGUCUAGCGGCGCCAGCACUACAGAAGAUACCAAAGUGGGCAGUGCUACCAGCGCGGAGGUGGACGCCUUGUCGCCUCGUCGGCUGGAGCUGUACAGUUCGUACCUGCGCUUGUUGUCGAGCGAGAUCUCGCCGAUCGAGCUGCAGGUGGCGGCCGGUGACGACUGGCGCUGGUCGUAUCCGCAAUCCCUCUCCGGCUGGCUGUCUGCGCAAAGCACUGAGAACAUGCCGCCGGGUCACGUGCUCUCGCUCAAGGGUGCCUGGCACAACGCGGGUCUCCUGAGCGAACGGGGCGAGAUACAUCUCGAACCGCCCAUGGUGGUCUCGGAGAUUGGAUUCUCAACAAUGCCUGAGGGUUUAGGUGAAGGCGGGGAUGAUCGUCCUUCAAGGGCGGAUAUGAUAAUGACUGGUUACACAGUCCAUAACGUGACGGAAGGAGAAGGCCAGCUUUACAACUGUCUGCACCAACACCGUCGCGGAGGACAGUGCGAUAACCUCAAUGUCGCCUGGCGAUAUGCGCUGCGCGGGUUCGAGUCCAAGCUGAGCCAAGGACAACUAAUUACGGGGUCGCUUUUCCAGCGCAUUGACUUUAUCGAAAUCAGCGACAAAGCCGGGAAUCGAACCAGUGACCCAGCGGAAUCCGGACGGCUGGAUCGCGCAUACAUGAACAAUCGUAGGCGGGGUUACAUCCCCUCCUUACUGCCCAGUUACGCCCCGCUGCGUCUUAACUACAUCGAUCUGAAUCUGCCAGUGCCGACUUAUCGCAUCCGAUACCCUGUUUCGACGUUCCAUGGGGCCAACUUCCAGGCUUUGUUGAACGAGGCCGUUCGCCACACCGACCUGUACAAGGUGGAGCCCGACGUGGAGGCUAACACAGUUAUCUUGGAAGCGACUGACGACCCGAAUAGCCCCGUCUCCUUCGACCCCGUCUCGUUCGACCCCGUCUCGUUCGACCCCGUCUCCUUCACCCACGACACUUCUCCUACUCAGGACCAUCCGUCCCCUACCCGCGACCCUUCCCCCACUGAGGACCCUGCCCAGCCGAACCGACGGUUGCAUUACUAUUUGCACUUUUACGGGACAGCCCCUUUGCGUGUGAGACAGAACGCACGUUCGGUAGGGUUGGACAAGGGCGCGCCAGUGACACGUGGGUUUCAACUACCGGUGGCGGCACAGACGGCGUACGAUGCAAGUUGGGUUCUCACGGUAAACCGUGCCCUCGCUGAGAAUCGCGGCCGCGCCUUUUUGACUCGAGAUGGCGCUGUCGUGAACUCAGACUUACGACCACUCCGCAGCGCCGUACGCGUGGUCGCCGUACGCAACUUACCCCGCGAAGCAGCACUCGUCUCCGCCCAACAGAUGCACCGACGAUACCUUUCUACUCGAUACGCACUCCACGAAUUUGCCAAAGCCGAACUAGUUCAGAUACCGCACAAUCGGAUACAACUGAACAAAGAAGAACGCGACUCACUUCUAAAACAACUUAAGGAACGACUAGACGAACGACUCGGCAGCAGUAAAGGCCGCGAUGAUGCAGUCGUCCUCGGAGGCGAAGCCGAAGGGAAGACGGAGAGUAGAGCGGGAGACGAAAGGAAGAAGGAAAGUGGAGCCGUAGGUGAGGGGAAAACAGGACGCGAAGGGAAGACUGGAGUUGAGGAUGGCGGGGCGAGCGAAAGCAGUCGCCUCUCGGAGGGUCGAGGGAGCAAUGAAGGCGAGAAUAGAGGCUUGUCCGCUGGUUUGCUUCCCACGGACGAUGGGCCGGAGCUGCCGUUUCCGUUGCAGAUGGACGCCGGCUGGGUGGACACGGUGUCCGCCGAGAACCUGGCGGCGCAGCGCGCAAGUGGGCAACGCACGGAUUCGAACGCACCAGUGCAGGGUUUGGGGAGUGCGGAUUCGGUAAUCGACGCAUUGAGACAGGUGCCUGUGGACGGCGAGAUUGCGGCGAUCGUGGCGGACACAUUGGGGCAGGUGGAGGCUAGUGUCAUGGACUUGGUUCGUGACGUAACGAUUAUCACGGUCACGGAAGACCCUGAGACGGGAGAGACUGUCAGUCGCAAAGUGCGUUUGGACUUGCCUUCGCCUACGCCUCGUGGGGAUCAAGAAUCCUUCAGUCUCGAAGACAACUUGUUUACCCCCAGGGACCACGAUGAUGAGGACGAAGAAGAUGACCAUCGGACCAUCACCUUCGAACUAGCAGUCCUCGAUGAGGAUGGCCGCGAAGUCUACCAGGAAAUCGACAUUCCCAUCCGACUCGUUUCCGUUCAAGACCAUCCUGAAGAACUUCAGCAAUAUCUCCAAGAAGAGCACGACCUUGGCGAAGAAGAAGCUCAACGCGUGGCCGCCGAAGUCCUCCAAGUUCUCGACGGGUAUGACCUCGACCAGUUCGAUGACUUACUCGACAUGCUCGAAGAAUAUAACCUCAACGAUGACGACCUCCUCUUUUAA